AUGUACCAGGUGGGCCAGGCCAUCUGCCAGCUUCUCUUGACGCGGCACAACCAGCAGGCCUACCUCUUUUUCGAGCCGUUCCUGACCCUCGACCUGCUCGGCUUGCGGGCCCGAGGCUACAACGUCGACCGCAUCCUGCGAGCGAAGGCUGCGGAGGCGAGGAUCGCCGAGGAGGAGAGGCGCAAGGCGCUGGACGCAGAGCAGAAGCGCAUUCAGGACAGGGAGCGGGAAUGGGACCAGCAGCAGACUCAGGCUGCCGAGGCUGCUCGGCACACUGCGAAGACACCCGAGCCGGUCAUGCCUGGUUCGUUCGGACACGAGAGCCCCGAGGAGGGUCAGCGUCCGCCUAGCUUGAUGCCACCAACGAGAAAGAAUAAGGGCUUGUUCUCCAACCUGACGCGACGCCUGGGGUUCGACACACCCGAGGACGACGACGAGGACGACGACAGGCACAACGGCCAACUUGACAAGCCGGCGCAAGACGGCCGACAGCUUCUGCCCCCGCCGCCUGGUCCUGGUCCGUCCACCGGCGGCAGCACCGGCGGCGUCGGGCAGAAGGGCAAGGACGACGGCAGGGUGACGAGUCCGGCCACCGUAGAGCAGAACCUUCUGAACGCCAUCAACUCAACGCGGUCGCACGACUCGAACCAGCUCUUCUCGCCGCCGAGCAUGAACGAGGUCAAGGAGCAGGCGACGUACUGCGACAGCACGUCCGCCAAGAACAUAGCCUUCGCGGCCGAGGCCUCCAACGGCAUGAAGGUCUUCACGUCGCGCGACAUGACGCUCGAACCGGGGCCGUUCCUGCAGCGGUACGCCGGCCCCAUCAACGCCUUUGCGGCCCUGCUCACCGAGGUCGGCGGCGUCUACUCGCUGUCGCCCAAGGUGCUGCACAUCUUCUACGACGACAAGGGCGGCACCAUUGCGUUCAACAGCAGCGGCAGCAUCUUCUGCAACCUGCGCUUCUUCCUGCAGCUGCACGCCGACAAGCUCACGGGCGCCAGGCAGGCCGAGGCCAAGGCCCGAGGCGGCCCGUCUGGUGGUGAAUCCUUUCAUUCCAGCAGUACUUUGCCAAAAUGGGUCCGCCAAGGACGGCCAAUGUUCUGCCAAACCCUUCCCGGCCGCGUCGACUCGUUCGGACCUUUCUGCUGCGUCGUGACGUUCUUGUCAUCAGGCCUGCGCGUACGGAUCGCCUCAUGA